AACAUCCGCUCAGUUUAGUGUCAACGCCUGAUUCAAAUUAGUGCUAUGCCUGUGAUUUCAAUCAGUUGUUUUUAACUGAGUAUUUAAUUUGAUCUGAAAAUGCAAAAGUCAAAAUCCUGUGUUCUUUGUUUUAAACGUUUUUAUUCCUCUCAAUGGCCUGCGAUCAAGUCAAAAAUAGACACGAACUCACAAGAAUACAAGGAAAACUACGUUCAGUUAAAGAAAGCGGUGGAGGAACUAAAGACGAUCAUCGCGGGUAUCACGGCGGGUGGAAGUGAGAAGGCCAAAGAAAAGCACACGUCCAGGGGUAAACUCCUGGUCAGGGACAGGGUCAAUGCCUUGAUAGAUCCCGGCUCCCCCUUCCUCGAACUCUCGCAGCUAGCAGCCCAUGGCGUCUACAACGAGCAGGUCCCUGCAGCAGGGAUUAUUACCGGCAUCGGCAAAGUCGCUGGGCGCGAAUGUGUCAUAGUGGCGAACGAUGCAACGGUGAAAGGUGGCUCUUACUAUCCGCUGACGGUGAAGAAGCACCUUCGAGCCCAGGAGAUCGCCUCCGAAAACCACUUGCCAUGUAUCUACCUCGUGGAUUCGGGGGGUGCCAACCUACCCCUCCAGGCCGAUAUUUUCCCCGACAAGGAGCAUUUCGGGCGCAUCUUCUACAACCAGGCCAACAUGUCCGCCAGAGGUAUUGCACAGAUCGCGGUGGUGAUGGGGAGCUGCACGGCGGGUGGAGCGUACACGCCGGCCAUGGCCGACGAAAGCGUCAUCGUCCGAAAACAGGGGACGAUCUUUCUGGCCGGGCCGCCGCUCGUCAAGAUGGCCACCGGUGAAGUGGUCAGCGCCGAAGACCUCGGGGGAGGAGAUCUACAUUGCAGUAUUACUGGCGUUACAGAUCAUUAUGCUCUGAACGACCACCACGCCCUGUCGAUAACUCGCAACAUCGUCUCGCAGCUGGAGCCGCCGCCUGAGACGCGACAGAGCACUGAUGUGGCACCACCGCUUUACCCGGCCGACCAACUCUAUGGCAUCGUUGGAACGAAUCUCAAAAAAUCAUUCGACAUUCGAGAGGUCAUUGCACGGUUUGUGGAUGGAUCUGAAUUCAGUGAAUUCAAAUCUCGUUUUGCAGAGACUUUGGUGACAGGAUUUGCAAGACUCUAUGGGCACAAGAUAGGAAUCAUUGGAAAUAACGGUGUUUUAUUCUCAGAAUCGGCUCUGAAGGGAGCUCACUUUGUAGAACUGUGUUGUCAAAGAAAAAUACCACUUUUAUUUAUUCAGAAUAUAACAGGGUUCAUGGUUGGUCGAGAGGCAGAGGCAAGUGGGAUUGCAAAGCACGGCGCCAAAUUGGUGACAGCAGUCUCUUGCGCGCAGGUGCCAAAGCUCACUCUCAUCAUUGGCGGUGCACAUGGAGCUGGGUACUAUGGAAUGUCUGGACGAAGUUACAGCCCGCGGUUUCAGUAUAUGUGGCCGAGUGGAAAAAUAAGCGUCAUGGGCGGAGAGCAAGCAGCCGGGGUUUUGGCACAAAUCACCAAAGAGCAACGAGAUAAAGCUGGAUUACCCGAAAAUGAGUGGCCUGAAAUGGAGAGGAAAAUAAAGGAGCCAGUCAUCAAAAAAAUUGAGGAAGAAAGCAGCCCGUAUUACUCCAGUGCAAGGCUCUGGGAUGAUGGCGUCAUUGAUCCAUGUGAUACUCGCAUGAUACUCGGACUUAGUCUCUCAGCGACUCUGAAUCAUCCAAUUCCUGAUACCAAAUUUGGUCUGUUCAGGAUGUAACAAUUUAACACCACCAUCAAAACACACUUUUAAGGAACUUCAGAACUUACUGAACCAAUGUUACAGCCAAUGGUUCAUGGCAGUGCGUUUUCAAAAAAACAAUUAUGCUCACGAGAACUUCAAAAUAAACCACUAUCAACUUA